AUGGCGCAACCAAGAACAGCGCUCCUCUUCCUCGCCCUCGCCUCCGUCGCCGCCGUGGCCGCCGCGGCAACGACAAAGGUAGAGGCGCCGGCACUAGCGCGUGCUGCGGCGACGACGAGGGCAACGACGGGUUGCCGGCGCGGCGACCUGGUGGUGCAUCAGCACGCGACGGGGCGCGUGGUGAAGGGCAAGCCCGAGUACGCGGUGGAGGUGCGGAACGCAUGCCGCUGCGCGCAGUCCCGCGUGCUGCUGCGCUGCUACGGGCUCAGCAGCGUGGAGGCCGUGGACCCGCGCGCCAUCCGCGCCGUCGACGGCGAGCGCUGCCUGCUCCGCGGCGGCCGGGCGCUGCCGCCGCGCGGGGGCGCCGUGAGGUUCACCUACGCCUGGAUGACGCCGCAGGACUUCCCGCUCGUCAGCGCGCACCCGCACUGCUAG